CACACACAUUAAAAAGUUGCAAAUAUGGCCAACACAGCUCAAUUGUUGCGCAGACAAAGCUCAAGAGAUAUUGUAUUGAAAACUCAAAGAAGUAUUGAUCAGCAUGAGUUGAGAGAAUUGCGCGGCCGUCUCGUGUCAGAGCAUAGUACAAGUAGUUCAACGGGAAGUCAUCGUCCUGGAUCGCAUCAUCAUGGUCUGCAUCACACACCGAUGUAUGGAGCGACUAAUCAGGCGUUUAUGUCGGACGCCUUCGACGAAUCGUCCGAACUGGAAGAAGCGAAAGAAGUGGAUACUACUAAGGCAGUGGCCGAUCUGGUGGCAGCAAUUGAAAGUGCACCACCAGCCGAUGACUUAGUCGAGGGCGACAAAGAGGGUGACGAACGUGAGAGUUGGGAUAGUAAAAUAAUGUUUCUGCUCGCUACCAUAGGUUAUGCCGUGGGCUUGGGUAACGUUUGGCGUUUUCCCUAUUUGGCUCAAAAGAACGGCGGCGGCGCUUUUUUGGUGCCAUAUUUUAUUAUGUUGUGCAUCCAAGGUAUACCUAUAUUCUACCUGGAAUUGGCUAUUGGCCAACGUUUACGUAAGGGUGCUAUCGGUGUUUGGAGUCAAGUGUCGCCUUAUUUGGGUGGCAUUGGUAUCUCAUCGGCCGUUGUCAGUUACAUUGUGGCGUUAUAUUAUAAUACAAUAAUUGCCUGGUGCCUCAUAUAUUUAUUGCAUAGUUUCGAAUCUCCACUGCCCUGGGCUGAUUGCCCAACGCGUCUUUAUGCCAAUUAUACUUAUGAUCAUGAACCUGAAUGUGUGAUGGCAUCGCCAACGCAAUUUUAUUGGUAUCGCACCACAUUGCAAUGUUCGGAGAACGUUGAUGAACCGGAAACUUUCAAUUACCAUAUGGCUAUUGCCCUAAUUGUCUCUUGGUUUCUUGUUUAUAUUUGUAUGGUGCAAGGUAUUACGUCGAGCGGUAAAAUCGUGUACAUGACUGCCAUCUUUCCCUAUGUGGUGCUGAUUAUAUUCUUUUUUCGUGGCAUAACAUUAAAAGGCGCAGCUGAUGGGGUCGCACAUUUAUUUACACCUCGUUGGGAAACAUUACUCGACCCAGUAGUUUGGCUGGAGGCUGGUACACAAAUUUUCUUUUCAUUGGGCUUGGCUUUCGGCGGUUUAAUAGCAUUCAGCUCCUACAAUCCGGCUAAUAAUAAUUGUUAUCGUGAUGCGAUACUUGUUUCGUUUACCAACUGCGGAACAUCGAUGUUUGCCGGUGUGGUCGUCUUCUCAGUUAUCGGUUUUAAAGCGACAGCCACCUAUGAACGUUGCAUCGCCGAACGCGAUCAUUUGAUAAAGCAAAAUGCAACCAACAAUUUACCGUUAUGCAAUUUGGAAAAAGAAUUAGCCAAUAGCGCUUCGGGUACCGGCCUGGCCUUCAUUAUCUUCACCGAGGCUAUUAAUCAGUUUCCUGGCGCCCAAUUAUGGGCCGUCUUAUUCUUUCUAAUGCUAUUCACUUUGGGCAUUGACUCACAGUUUGGCACUUUAGAAGGUGUAGUUACCUCCCUUGUGGAUAUGAAAUUAUUUCCGAAUUUACCUAAAGAAUGGAUUGUUGGAGGUUUAUGUCUCACUUGCUGCAUGAUAUCUAUGUGCUUUGCGAACGGUGCCGGUAGUUACAUAUUUCAGUUGAUGGAUAGUUUUGCUGGCAAUUUUCCAUUAUUGGUUAUCGCCUUGUGUGAAUGUAUAAGCAUUAGCUAUAUUUACGGUAUUAGAAGAUUUUCGGAUGAUAUUGAAAUGAUGACUGGCUCUCGCCCAGGUGUAUAUUGGAUGUUUUGCUGGAAGUAUUUAUCACCAUGCGCUAUGUUUACCAUUUUGACUGCAUCAUUUUAUCAGCUGAUGACCGAGGGCAGUAGUUACCCAGCAUGGAUCGCCUCGAAAGGCAUGACCGAAAAAAUGGAAUGGCCUCACUGGUGUAUUGUCAUUGCAUUCAUUUUGAUAUUCUCAUCUAUAUUAUGGAUACCAAUUGUCGCAAUAUUCAGACUUUUCGGUAUAAAAAUUAUCGAAGAUUCUGAUGCCGCGUGGUUUCCGGAAGCCGAAUUAAAAGAAGUGCAUGGAAUUGUACCGCACGAGCCAACCGAACUAGAGCGUACAUUAUUUUGCUUCAACAUGGACGGCACGGAGGGUAUGUGUUGUCCUACAUACGGCCUGCCCGAAAAAUCCUUACAAGAGGAGGAUGAUGAAUAAAUUUCAAUAUAAGUUUAUUUUGUUUUCUUUUUAAUUCGUAAAAUUAUAAUUAAGAUUAAAUGUAUUUAAGAUAAUAUAUUUAUUUAAACAUACCAUUAUAACAUGCCUACCUGUCUAUCUACCGAUUUACCUAUUUACCCGAAUACAAUUAAAUUACUUGAAAAAGAGAAUUUGUAAAUAUAAUUUAGAAUUAAGAGAAUAUUUUUCGUGUUUUCAGUAACACAUAUAAUAAUAACAAUUAAGGUUAAUUUUUAACGACAACAUUUACAAAUAGGGCGUAAUCGAUAUUUUUUUAAAAAUUAUUUUAUUUUUAUUUUUUUUGUUUUAUUUUAUUUUAUGGGUUAGUUUUUAUCGAGAUUUUUUUAUCCAAUUACCCGGUUUCCGAAAAUAAAUAAAACUGUUGUCUUGAUCACAUGUGAUAAUUAUAGGCAACAAUAUAACAAUGGGGGCAAGUGCUCUAUAAAUUUUCCAACGCUGCAACGAUCUCUUAGAUAGAUAAGAAUAAUGUAAAAAAAAAAGAUGCUUGUGGGCGUAACAGCAUUCCAUAAGACCCUAGAUAUGUAACUAUUCAGAUAUAAAUACAAGUCAAUCACAGAGAAAUCAAUCUCUUUAAGAAUCUGCAUACUUCUCAUGCAGAUUAAUGCAAUUUUUUUCCUUUUAUUUUUCUCAUUCGCCAACUUGCACCAGCUAUAGCUAGGUGGCACAAAGCCGCU